GAUCGAAUUGGCAAUUGUUCCGUUUACGGCAGCAGCACAACUCAUGCCAUUGCCGCCUAUAAAUUGAAGACUAAACUCUGAAUCCCAAUCAUUCUCCUCAAAACCAAAAAUGGAGAAAUCAAACCAACCUCACGUCAUAGUCCUCCCCUACCCCAGCCAAGGCCACAUAAACCCUCUCCUCCAAUUCGCCAAGCGCCUCGCCGCCAAGGGCGUCAGAGCCACCCUAGCCACCACCACAAACACCAUGCAGUCCGUCCACACCUCCGCCGUCGCCGUCGAGCCCAUCUCCGACGGCUUCGACGACGCCGGUUUCGCCGAAGCUGGCAAAGAAGGAGACUACCUCAGUUCAAUCAGAGAGCACGGCUCCAAAUCCCUAGCGCGACUCCUUGACAACCACAAAGCCGCCGGCUUCCCCGUAAGUUGCGUGAUCUACGACGCCUUCUUCCCGUGGGCGCUCGACGUAGCCCGGCGCCACGGCGCGCUGGGGGCUGCGUUUUUCACCAACUCCGCCACCGUCUGCGCCAUCUUCAGCCACAUUCACAGCGGCGCGCUGACGUUGCCGGUGAACGUGGAGGACGAGCCUCUGGUUUUGCCCGGUCUGCCGCCGUUGAACUCGUGCGACGUUCCUACCUUCAUCAGGAACCCUCAGAGCUACCCUGCUUACUUGGCUAUGAAGUUGAGUCAGUUUUCCAAUCUGGAAAAGGCUGAUUUCGUCUUUGCUAACACUUUCCAUCAACUAGAACGACAGGAGGCUGAAAGCGUGGAAAAGCAGUGGCCGGCGAAGCUGGUGGGGCCAAUGUUGCCGUCGGCGUAUCUGGACGGAAGAAUUGAGGGAGACAAGGGGUACGGAGCCAGCUUAUGGAAGCCGCUAAGCGAGCAAUGCUCGGCUUGGCUCAGCACCAAAGCGCAAGAAUCAGUAAUCUACAUCUCAUUUGGGAGCAUGGUUUCAGUGAGCUCCAAACAGAUGGAAGAGAUGGCGUGGGCGCUCACAUCGACCAACUCCGACUUCCUCUGGGUUGUCAGGGAAACCGAGCGCGACAAGCUCCCCCCCGGAUUCACCGAAUCCGUCAAGGGCAAGGGGCUGAUCGUAUCGUGGUGCAACCAGCUGGAGACGCUGGCUCAUCCGGCCAUCGGCUGUUUUGUGACCCACUGUGGUUGGAACUCGACUCUAGAAGGACUGGCGCUGGGGGUGCCGAUGGUGGCGUUGCCGCAGUGGUCAGACCAAGUGACGGAUGCCAAGUUCAUAGAGGAGAUAUGGGGGGUGGGGGUUAGGGCUAAGGAGGAUAAGUCUGGGGUUGCAGGCAGGGAAGAGCUGCUUUAUUGUUUGAAAGAGGUGAUGGAGGAGAGAGGACACAAGUUGAGGAGCAAUGCAAGGAAAUGGAGGAAGUUGGCCAUGGAAGCAACUGAUCAAGGGGGUAGCUCAGACAAUGCCAUCAAUCAAUUUGUAAUGAAAUUGAAGGUUGCUACUGCAGUAGAAAAUUAGAAACAGUGCUGCCAAAAUAAUGAGUUUACGUGCUUCAUUUGAUUAUUAAUAAUAGAGAGGGUCUUAGAUGUUUUAAGGGGUAUCAAAAGUGACUUAUAAAUUUGUCUGCACUUUUCCAACAAGAUCAACAAUAAUAGAAUUUUCGCAAGUAAAUUAUCA